AUGUAUAUAUUAACGAUCACAAUUCUGUACUUCUUACCAUAUCCAUGUUCUGCUAAGACGGAUUUAUGGUAUUUUCCACUGGAAAAUCGUCAAGAAUUGAUUGCCAUCAGAGGUGGCACGGAACCUCAUGUGUGCGAACAAGAAUGCACGACAACUAUGGACUGCAGUAACGGUCUGAGUUGCUUCCACGCCACAACCAAUAGCAAAGGCUGCUGUCUGAUGGCGUUGAAACCAAACGAGACCGGCUGCGUGUUGGACGAUCAAUGUAGACGAGCUUGUGAAAGCACAAUGUGCGAGAAGACCGACAAAGGAUCAAGGUGUAUGUGCGAAAAAGGAAGUCACUUCUUGUUCAAUAAAUGCUGGAAAAAAUGCCCGGAAUUUGCGUAUCCAGAGCCAUUUAUCGAUAAUAUGGGCUUUAGCAGCUGCACCGUCAAGACAGAUUUGAAGACAGCCUUGAACUAUAUGCGUAGACAUCGACGUGAACUGCGAAACAAUUUCUGUUAAAGCUCAAUUUUUGAUCGUUGAUGAUCAUUUUCGAGUAUGCACCAUGUGCUUUCCCUUUGAUGUCGUGUUCCAUACGGUGUUUUGCCUUGUUAUGUUUCUAAUUAUCGAUAAAACUUUCACAAUUUGUGACAGCGAGA